CCGAACGUCAAAUUCAUCCACUCACUUCUCCCUCUUCAGUCACUGAUAAUAAUUGAAGAGCCAAGUAGCAUUUGAAGACGACAGAGGAAGCUGAAUCUUGAAAACCACUUUCCAAAUCCAAUCACAAUAAUGAGAAGGCUAGGGCAUCAUCGCCAGCACGCGAAGCUAGGCGGAGCGGGAGGCGUGAAGGGAAUGGUGGGGAGGCUGUCGAUUGCGGUGGCGGUUCUCAUGAUCUGCACUAUUUCGCUGAUGCUUUCGUCCACGAACAGGGAAAAUAGUGGAUCCGGCUAUCGUUCAGAGAUCAAGUUAGAUGAACUUUGGAGCAGUGCCGAUUCUGGUGGUUGGAAGCCAUCCUCUGCUCCACGAUCUGAUUGGCCCCCUCCUCCAGCUCCAAGUGAGAGUAGUGGCUAUCUGCGUGUACGAUGUAAUGGUGGUCUGAACCAGCAACGUAGUGCGAUUUGUAAUGCGGUUCUUGCUGCACGAAUCAUGAAUGCUACCCUAGUGCUGCCUGAGUUGGACGCAAACUCCUUUUGGCAUGAUGAGAGUGGUUUCUAUGGUAUCUAUGAUGUUGAAAAUUUUAUCAAUACAUUGAGGUUUGAUGUACGGAUUGUUGAACGUAUACCAGAAAUUCGAAAAAAUGGGAAAACCAAAAAGAUUAAAGCCUUUCAGAUUCGUCCGCCUAGAGAUGCUCCUAUCAGUUGGUAUACUACAGUUGCUCUGGAGAAGAUGAAGGAACAUGGUGCUAUUUAUCUCACUCCCUUUUCACAUCGUUUGGCUGAAGAAAUUGACAAUGCUGAGUACCAAAGAUUGAGGUGCAGAGUUAAUUAUCAUGCUCUAAGAUUCAAACCACAUAUUAUGAAGUUAAGUCAAUCUAUAGUUGACAAGCUCCGCUCACAAGGUCACUUCAUGUCUAUACAUCUUCGUUUCGAGAUGGAUAUGCUGGCAUUUGCUGGGUGCCUAGAUAUAUUUAACUCUGCAGAGAAAAAUAUAUUGAAGAAGUAUCGGAAGGAAAAUUUUGCGCCGAAAGUACUCAAUUAUGAUGAAAGGAGAGCCAUUGGGAAAUGCCCAUUAACUCCGGAAGAGGUUGGUCUUAUUCUAAGUGCGAUGGGGUUUGAUAAUUCUACUAAAAUAUACCUGGCAGCUGGUGAACUUUUUGGUGGGGAUCGAUUCAUGAAACCAUUUCGGACGCUUUUCCCUCAACUCGAGAACCAUAGUUCUGUGGAACAUACAGAUGAGCUGGUUGAGAACACUAGGGGACUGUUGGGGUCUGCUGUUGAUUACAUGGUUUGUCUCCUCUCUGACAUUUUUAUGCCGACAUAUGAUGGCCCAAGCAACUUUGCAAACAAUCUCCUUGGACAUCGUCUUUACUAUGGCUUCCGAACUACAAUCAGACCUGACAGGAAGGCUCUUGCUCCUAUCUUCAUUGAUCGGGAGAAUGGGCGGACAGCAGGUUUUGACGAAGCUGUUAGGAAAGUCAUGCUCAAAACAAAAUUUGGUGGACCCCACAAGCGUGUCUCACCAGAGUCUUUCUAUACAAAUUCUUGGCCUGAAUGUUUCUGCCAAACUUCACCACAGAAUCCUGCUGACAAAUGUCCACCAGAUGAUGUUCUGCAAAUUCUGAGCAGCCGCUUAAAGAGCGAAGAGACCGAUGACUUGAGGUCAUUGACAUCAUUAAAUUUGUCUAUAUCUGAGGCAGAAAGAUAAGAAAUUUGGUUCAAGCUUCUAGCUAUUGGUUAUUCUAACUCCUCAGAAAUGAACCCCCAUGAUCCAUAUUAAAAAGGAAUGGGGUUUCCUCAACCAUAUUCACCGUUAUUCUUUUGCUGGCAUCGUGUUUCCUGGGGUAUAUACGGACAAAGAAGGCAGGUUCAAUUCCUUUGUGUUGUGGCUGGAGCACAUGUGAAUUCGAGUGAGUCAAAAUUUUGUUUUGACUUGUGAACUAAAAUUUUAUGCUAAUCGUAUGAUAUCUGGUUGACUUAUCUUGCAUCAUUAUAUUUAUGCCCAGAAGGGAAAAACAAUGUAUCACGGAUCUUAAUUUAACAAGAUAUCUGUUGAGGCCUGGUUUGACCAAUAUAUAGUGUAGGUUAUGUUU